CGGUGAAGAAACUGGAGGAUCUAAGCAAUAUCCACCGAUUAAUAAAACUUAUGAGCAAAGUCAUCAUGUUUGUCUGUCCGCGAAGUUGAACAUCUUUAUUGGAAGAAGCAGCCAAACACUGGCACCAAACACUGCUCACGUUACUAGAUGUCGGUGUCAGUGUCAGAGUUUUGGCGCGCCUGUACGUAACAGGGAGGACAAUCAUCAACGGUGGCAUACCACCAUAACAGAGACUGUGUGUCUCUUCUACAGGAUGGAGAGCUGCACACCUGUAUUCCAGAUCUCUGGGAUCAAGAUCCAUGAUAAGAAGAGAGUUUUAGUCCGGGGAAUCCAGCAGCUGGGUGGGAAAUACAUAGGUGGCUCAGUCUAUCAGCAUGCCAGCACUCAUCUCAUAAUCCCCCAGGUUUUGUCCAGCGAAAAGUUUUUGGCAGCCUGUGCUGCAGGAAAGUGGGUUGUGACUCCAGACUAUGUGUUGGACAGUGUUAAGCACGGUUCCUGGCUCUCAGAGGAACCCUAUGAGGUGGCCAUUUCCUCAGGUGCCACGUCUGCCUUCUGCCCUGCCAGGCAGUGGAGGGAGAAGGUUGUCAGUGGUAAACUAACCGGGGCAUUCCAAGGGUGGAAGGUUCUCCUCAUGGUCCAAGAGCCCACCCGCAGAGCCAUGUUCAUACGGCUGCUAAAAGCAGGUAGGGCCAAAGUUUACAACACCACCCCUCCCCCUCAAGCCUCCAUCACUCAUGUCAUGGCAAAACCCUUUACAGAAAACUCAAAAUCCUACAGUGCUCCUUGUUACUCUGUGAGCCACAUUGUCCAGCAUCUUUUUGGGAGCAAUUGUGUGGAUAUGAAUUUCCUCGUAACGGAUGAAAAUCCAGCAGAGACAAAAAAGGCCAGCUUUGUUGAUGUUGACCUUGCUAAUCUGGAGACAGGGCUCAGGGACUAUGUCAUCAAACAGGAGGGCCGGCAGAGAUUGUGCUUCCUUGAAUUUCUGGGUUACCAAGACCCUUACCGUCCACAGUCACAGGCAACAGAAACAGACUUCAGCAAUGUCGGUAGUAUGAUAGAGUGCGGUCUCUUCACUGAAGCUUUGGACUCAAUCAGAAGUGCUGUGUUCCCAGGUCUGCUGCCACCAGUGCCAUACCUGAUCUCCCUCUUAGAAUACGCGCAGCAGGGUAACGCCACGUCUGUCUUCCUAAGAAAUUUCCAGCUGGUCAUGUGUAACCUGCUCAUCACCAACCCUCCUUGGCUGGCUCCCAGCACAGUGAAAAAAUAUUUCAUCCAGUUGCUGCAGUGUCCUCGGUGUAAGAUGGGCCCUUGGCCUUUUCUAGAGACAGCCAUCAGAUACUGCCUGUCCAGUGAGGUCACUUGUCACCCACUCCCUGGACCUGCAAUGCCAACACUGAUACAUUUCCAUAGUGACAUCGUGGCAUUUUUUCUCCGGCUGUUCCAGGGGGAGCUCCACUCUGUCACCACCGGGGAUUUUGUGCUGCCUCAGGGUACAGGAGUCUCUCAGGCAUCAGCGUCAGGAUCUUUGCUGUAUGGAACCUUCUGGACUGUGUGGGAGCGCUCCACCCUGCUGUCUCGAGCUGUGAAACAACUAACCCAGCUCGUGGUGCAGGCCGCCGUUGAGGACUGCAGUGAGAGGGAUGAGAAACAGAAGCUGCAUUUGGCGGACACUCUGCUGGACAUCCUGUCUGUGCUGGUGGAGUUCUGGUGUCAGCAGCACUGCAAACUCAACCAGAACCUGGUGGAAAAGGGCCUGAAAGACCUAGCAGAGCACUUUGCUGUCAUCAGCCAGGAUGUGCCUCCAGAUGUUCUGGCAGAGCUGGUGAUCAGGGUCUCCUCUACCAGACUGAAGUUGGUGAUGGCUGAUGCCAUAUUCAGGAAUCUCUGUUGCAGAAAUGGAUUCACUGUGGGAGAUGAACCCCUCUCUCUUAAGAAAAUGGUUCUCUUCUACCUGCCUGCUCUGGGAAGUUUAGCUGAGAGUCCCAGUGGUGUUCGCCUCAGGACUGGACCCUCCUCCCACAGCUGCACCAGCCAGGAGACUGGCUGCAGAACCCAGAGCUCUUUGGUGAAUGAAACAAGCCUGGAGAAAGAAAACAUCCCCAGAGGUUUGAACAGAGUCAAUGCAGCAGGAGAGACCCUCCUCCACAGAGCUUGCAAGAGGAACCAAGUGGAAACAGUGCUUCAGAUCCUGGCGCUUCCUGGCACGGACGUCAACGUUAAAGACCAUGCAGGCUGGACGCCACUGCAUGAAGCAUGUAAUCAUGGCAGCACUGCUUGUGUGGAGGCUUUGCUACGUCACCACCCCGCCCCUGUGCUAAAUAACCAGGUGGGUGGAGUCAGCCCACUCCAGGAUGCCCUGCUCAACAGACACAUGGACAUCGCCAAAAUGCUACUGGAGCACGCAGGUUCAGUUCUCCUCAGGCAGACUGAUGGAGACGGCCGGGUGGCGCUGGAUCUGGUCUCUGCAACAAGUCAGAGGGAGGAGCUCCUCCACAGCGCGCAGGUCGGAGACUCAGCCCUGAGAAACAAAGUGACGGAGGUGUUGAACCUUCCCCUCCUGGAGGCUGGAUCCUCUCUGCUGGCCCAUCUAAUUUUCUGCUACCGACAGGAGAAGGGCCUGCCCAGCCGCACGCAACCAAGCGAUAAGGCCCACAGCCUGGGCUACAGGCUGGUCAGAGCUUUGGAGACGCUAUCCUUCCAGAAAGUGACUUCGGGCUGGAUGGACCAGCGGGUUGUGAGGCUGGUAGAAGAUGCAGAGACACUGUUGGAGCUCGGCAGAGGGAGGUACCUGGGGCAGGUGUCUCAGGCUGUGAAAGAGUGCAAAGGACAGAACACACUGUUCCUAAUGGAGAUACUGGAGGAUCUAAAGUCUCGGGGGAAAGAACUAGUGGCUCAUCUGUGACAGGCUCAGGCUCAAUGGACACUGGCACUGAUACUUUUAUGCACAUCCUGUGACAAAAGGGCAUCUGCGCCAGUUAUAUACAACUGCUCAUUGUGUGGUCGUACAAUUCACCAAGGCCUUAAAAUGUACACUGGCAACAAACAUGUUCUGUAUGCAUCCAAAAUAGUGUGGCCUUCUCUGUUUCUUUCAUUCAGGUAUUUGGGUUAGCAGGUGAAGUUAGAUGUAUGUUCAUUUCCUCAGAGAUACCAUUUUAUACUCAGUUGAUUGUAACUAUAGUUAUAUUUUUUGCUACCUUGUUUUGGUUUAAAAUGUUUUGUACUGUGCAAAUAUAUUAUAAUAUAAAGUAUUUAUGGUGAAUGUUUUCAGUUGCUUGUUUUCAU